GGGAGUGCUCGUGCCCAGCAAACUGCCUGGGAAUUGAGGCGGUUUUUCUCAGUAAAAAACAACGGUAAUUUUGUUCUAAGAGUAAACAUAAAGGAAAGCGCGGGGGGAGGAGCCGUGAGGGUGUGCGCCCUACACACACCGGUGACAGUUGGUGCCAGCGAACCCUUUCCGCUUCCUUUUCAACAUGGCGGUGCCGACCAUGGCGGUAAAUUCAGCUGCCAGUUUGUGGGGACCUUACAAAGAUAUCUGGCAGACAGUAGAGAACGCGAUUUGGAAACGUCAGCCUGAAGCAAUCCAUCUCUUAGAUCUUAUCCUCAAAAAACACAAACCGGACUUCAUCUCCCUCUUCAAGAACCCCGCUAAAAAUGUUCAGCACAGAGAGAAGGUGAAGAAAGCGAGCAUUGAGGGCAUUUCUAUCCAGGGCCAGCAGGGCACAAGGCUGCUUCCAGAACGACUGAUCAGUGAGGCUUUCAUCUUGAGCGACCUCUUUGAUAUUGGGGAGCUAGCUGCAGUAGAGCUGCUGCUGGCAGGUGAGCAUCAGCAGCCCCGAUUUCCUGGCUUGACGCGUGGUUUGGUGGGAAUCCUGUUGUUCUGGGAUGGAAAGAGAUGCAUUGCAAACUCCUUGCGUUCACUCAUACAAUCACGACAAGGCAAGACAUGGACCUUGGAACUCAGUUCAGAGCUGGUGUCCAUGACAACACGAUUCACAGAUGAGCUGAUGGAACAAGGCCUGACUCAGAAGAUCCUGAAUUUGAUAAAUCAAAUUAACCUCCACAACGAGUUUGAUAAACUGCAGGGUGCACGAGGCUUGGGCAAUGAAUCUCAUCGCAAAGGGGUUACGGAUCUGAUAAAAGAAUGCAGGCAGUCCCUGGCAGAAUGCCUUUUUGCAUGGACGUGUCAGUCACCACUGGGCAAAGACGACACGUUGUUCUUGAUCGGCCAUCUUGAGAAUGUCACGGCAGAAGCUGAUGGCUCAUUAGAUGACGUGAAUCUGGCCCUGCUCAUGGCGUUACUCUAUUGCUUUGAUGUCAGUUUUUUGGAGCACGGCACUGAGGACAGAGAAGAACUUAUUCAUCAGCUGCCAUUAUUGACAGAAAGGCAGUAUGUUGCUGCUAUCCACUGCAGAUUGCAGAACUCCCAGCCCUGGAAACUUCCGGGCCUGCAAGCUGUUGUCAGACUGGCCUGGGCCUUAGCUCUGCGAGGGAUCUCACAGUUGCCUGACACUACUGCAUUGACUGAAUUUACAGAGGCAGAUGAGUUGAUCGCAGAGAUGGCUGUAAGCCAAAAUGCCUUCCUCUUUCUCACUGAAGCUUUGGUUGGGGCCGACGGUUUAUACCAAGAGGAGUUCUACAUCCGCAGGGUUCACAACCUCAUCACUGAUUUUUUGGCACUUAUGCCAAUGAAGGUGAAACAGCUGCGCAAUCGCGCUGACGAGGAUGCACGAAUCAUUCACAUGAGCCUUCAGCUGGGCAAUGAGCCCCCCUCCACUCUCCGCCGUGAUCUGGAGCAUCUCAUGAUACUGAUUGGAGAGUUGUACAGGAAGGAUCCUUUUAACCUGGAACUUGCCCUUGAGUACUGGUGCCCAUCAGAACCCAUGCAAACCUCAACCAUGAUGGGCUCAUUCCUUGGUGUGGCACACCAGAGGCCACCACAGCGGCAGGUUGUUCUUUCUAAGUUUGUGAGACAGAUGGGAGAUAUGCUGCCUCCGUCCCUGUACUUACCCUAUCUAAAGAUGCUGCGUGGACUGGCCAAUGGACCACAGUGUGCACAUUACUGCUUCAGCCUGCUCAAAGUGAAUGGAAGCAGUCACGUAGAGAACAUCCAAGUGGUUGGAGGCAACCCGGUGUCCUGGGAACAUUUCUUCCAUUCCCUGAUGAUGUACCACGAGCAUUUAAGGAGAGACAUGCCCAGCACAGAUUCUGUACAUUAUCGACACUUGCCUUUGCGAGGCAUAACACAACGAGAGAUGGAUGGUCUCAUCGCUUUCCUGCAGCUUUCAGGCACCAUCGUCAAAUGGAGUGAAAAUGCCCGCCUAGCUCUGUGUGAGCAUCCCCAGUGGACACCUGUUGUUGUUAUGUUGGGCUUAAUCCAGUGCAGCAUCCCUCCUAUGCUAAAAGCUGAGAUACUGAAGACUUUGGCGGCAUUCAGUAAAUCGCCAGAGAUCGCUGCCUCCCUUUGGCAGUCCCUGGAGUAUACACAGAUAUUGCAGACGGUCAGAGUUCCAGGCCAGAGACAAGAUACUGGGAUUGAGGUGGAAUUGAAUGAAAUUGAAUCCCGGAGUGAGGAGUAUGUUCUCACAAGGGCAUUUUGCCACCUGUUGAGCACACUGGUGGAGAGUUCUUUCCCCACCAACCUUGGAGCAGGGCUCCGUCCACCAGGAUUCGAUCCUUACCUGAACUUUCUGAGGGAUUCUGUCUUUCUACGCUUCCCUACCAGAGCAUAUAGAAGAGCUGCAGAAAAGUGGGAGGUAGCCGAAGUUGUGCUUGAGGUUUUCCACAAACUCCUGCGAGAUUAUGAACCCCAGCCUGAUGACUUCACAGACCACAUGGUGGAAUUGCAAGGAGAGCUGGUUACUGCCUACAAGUCUCCUGGCUAUAACCUGAUGUUUCACUUGCUGAAUGACUCCCCCAUGCUGUGUCUUUGUCUGAGCCUUCUGGAAGAGGGUGUCAAAUUGCUGGACACCUACGCACCAUUCCCAGGUAAAAAGCAUUUGGAGAAAGCAGUUGAAUAUUCUUUAGCACUGCUCAACCUGACCUUGCAGAAGGAGAAUCUCUUCAUGGACUGGCUGAGAGAGAGCCACUCUUCUGUCAUAGUGACUCCCUUGGAACAACUGCUUCAGGGCAUCAACCCACGCAGCAAGAAGGCUGAUCACGUAGUUAAUAUUGCUCGCUAUCUAUGCCAUGGAACCAGCAACCCUGAGCUGGCUUUUGAAAGUGCAGAAAUUCUCUGCUGUAUAUCGCACUAUCCUAAUUCCCAAGGAAAACUGGUGGGAGACUUCACCCAAGACCAGGCUAUCAGUCAGAAGUUGAUGGCUGGUUUUGUUGAGUGCCUUGACAGCGAGGACGCUGAGGAACUGGUACAACUUCAUGACGACACUGAUUUAGAAAAGAAACGUUCCUUGAUCAGGCAUCACACGAGAAUCCACAUCUUGAAUUUGCUCAUUACCUCACUGGAGCUGAAGCCUCCCAACCUUGCCCUCUACUUGUUGGGCUACGAACUGAGAAAGCCAGUCAGUGCCACCAAUCUGCAGGAUCCAGGGGUUCUCGGUUGUCCACGAACCUGCCUUCACUCUAUUUUGAACAUUCUUGAGAAAGGGACUGAAGGGAGGAAUGGUCCUCUGGCUGUCAAGGAGUCACCACAUUUAGCUGAACUUUGCUAUCAGGUGAUUUAUCAGUUGUGUGCGUACUCUGAGACUUCAGGGCCAACCAUGCGAUAUCUGAGAACAAGCCAGGAUUUUCUCUUCUCUCAGCUCCAGCAUCUGCCCUUCAUUGUUAAAGGCCAUGAAAUCUCAGCACUAAGCCAGAUGUCGUGGCUGAUGAAGACUGCUGGUAUUGAAUUGCGUGUCACCUCCCUGAAUCGCCAGCGUUCUCACACACAACGUCUUCUCCAUCUAAUCCUCGACGAUGUGCCUCUCCGAUCCUUUGCUGUUGAUACCGAAGGAAGUCUGGAUGAAGAAACAAGAUGUGUCAGUGGAUUUCUGCAUUUUGACACCAUCUCCAAAGUGCGUCGAAAGAUCCUCAGUGUUUUGGACUCGAUCGACUUUUGCCAAGAGGGUCCUGAAGAACUUCAUCUGGAUUUCUUCGACCGUGCCCAGAUUGAACAGGUCAUCUGUAAAUGUGAGCACAAGAAUCAGCAGGGCCAGAUUGUCUGCAAUGUGAAGCUCCUUCACCGAGUGCUGAUUGCAGAAAUAAAUGCCUUGCAGGGCAUGGCGGCUCUCGGACAAAGACCCUUGCUGAUGGAGGAGAUCAACACGAUACUACAGCACGUGGUGCAGAGAAACAAGUUACGGGAGUGUCUUCACGCCAAGCGUCACACCUUGGAGUCAUGGCGGCAGCUGGUGGAGAUCAUACUGGCGGCUUGUCCCCAGGACCUGAUUCAGGGAGAGGAUAGACAAAUUAUUAUCCGGGACCUUCUGCAUGACCUCCAUGACAAGAUUCUGGAUGAGGAAGCUGCCCAUGAGCUUAUGUCAGUCGUUGCUGGGACCGUGUUCACCCUUACAGCUCACCUCACCCAGGCUGUACGCAAUGAACAAAAAAUAGCACUCUCUGCUCACUCGCAAUACAUCUCAAUGUUAGAUGGUAAUUCCACAACCGCAGAGAGCACCUCAGCUGGCUUCGCUUCCAUUGGAGACUCUUCUCUGCACAUCAUCCUGAAGAAGCUGCUGGAUUUCAUUCUUCGAACUGGUGGGGGAUUCCAGCGUGUUAGAGCACACCUGUAUGGAGCCCUGCUAUAUUACUUGCAGAUCAGCCAGAAACCAGAUGAGCCGGAUACCUUGGAAACAGGUCAAAAAACCAUGUGGGAACGGCUAACGGCUCCCGAAGACGAGUGCAGCAAGCUCCAGAGGGAGAACAUGGCAAUCAUUGAGAGUUAUGGGGCAUCGCUAAUGGAAGUUGUGUGUCGAGAUGCUUGUGAUGGGCAUGAAAUAGGAAGGAUGCUGGCAUUGGCAGUCCUGGAUCGCAUCGUGGCUAUCGACCAGCACCAUCAAUGGCUGUGCUACCUCACCAAUAGCGGCUACCUGAAAGCAGUGGCUGACAGCUUGGCCCAGGAUGACGUCACUCUCCAGAGUAUGCUGAGUCCCCAGCCUCCAUUACUGAAAGCCUUGUACAUUUAUGAAUCCAAAAUGGCCUUUCUCACGAGGGUGGCUAAAAAUCAGCAGGGAGCUCUUGAGCUGCUGACCGCAGGGGUAAUUGUGCGUUUGGCCCAAUGUCAGGUCUAUGAUCACCGGCCUGAAACCGACUCACAUAGUAUGUUUGGUAUCAUCGAUCCAUCAGGAUUUAUCCCUGCUCCUGCAGAAAGAUACCGCCAGAUCCUGCUCCCAGCACUUCAGCUGUGCCAGGUCAUCCUGACAUCCAGCACCGGUCAGCACCAGCAGGCCGCCGGACAGGUACUACAGUUCCUCAUUGCUCAUGCAGACACCAUCCAGGCCAUUCUUCGCUGCCAAGAGGUAACUGUAGGGUCACUUCAGGAGCUGGCAUUGCUGACGAGCAUCAUAAGCAAAGCAGCCUUGCCAGGUGUGAUAAAUGGGUUGGAAGUCGAAGGCAGCGAUGGGACUAUAAUGGAACUACAAGGUCACAUUGGACGCUUUCAGCGUCAGUGCCUUGGGCUGCUCAGCCGAUUCAGUGGGUCGGAUAGGUUCCGCCAGGUCAAAGCUCAGGAAGAGGGAACUCAGGUCUGUGGUGUGAGCAAGAGGGACGAGAUGGAACUGGCCAUGCAACAGAUCUGUGCAAAUGUUGUGGAGUUCUGUAAAACACUUCUGAUGCAGAGCAGCCCGAGUUCCCAGCACACGAUCUGUCUCUUCACUCCGAGUCUGUCCGAAGUGACAACUCGAGAAGGAACUCGACAAGAAGCACAGUUGCCCAUGGUUCCUUACUGGCGGCUGCCGAGCCUUGGGGUGAUCCUGUUCCUCCUGAAACAAAGUGCUAAUGACUUCUUCAGCUGCUACGAGAGCCACAAGCAGAACGUGACCAAGCACCAGAACCUGGAGCAUUUGCCUCCUGAUGAAAUAAAAGAGCUCUGCCAGGCGCACCUCCAAGGUGGUGUGGACAAGAUUUCAGCCGGGCAGAGACAGGUCCUAGCCAAGCGACGGCUUGUUCAACAGAUAAACCACAGAGCCGAGCUGCUGUCUCUUUACUGCUAUAUUGUGGAAAACUGCCUCUUUAUCCUGUGGCGCCACCUGGAGUAUUAUUUCCUGUACUGCAGCCCUUCGGACGCUCAUGAUACAAUGAAUGUUCUGAGUGGCUUCUACAGAGGCAGACGGCUGCAGGAUUCCUACAGUCUCGACUCGAAUCCUGACCCAAGGAACCUGAGUUGUGUCAGCCAGCACGACCUGGAGCAGAUGCGGAGCGAUGCAGCGUCGAGCUUUGGGGAAUCGCUGCAAAAAAAAUUGCUGGAUAUCGAGAGAACAUACUGCAAAGUGCGCUCGCGCCACAGAUUCAUAGAAGCGCUUGUUCGACGAAUUCGGGGCCUUGUGAGGAUGAAGAGGAAUUAACUAUCAGGCUCCAGCUGCAGGAUCAUAGAUGCAUCAGCUCUCUUCUUUACACAUACUCCCGCACCCACACAUCUGUCUUAUGUAAGCAACAAACCGCGCCUUUAUUUACUACAACUUUUUUUAUUAUCGAGCUCUAAUUACACAGUAUUUUCCUGAAAUAAAUUUUUGAAAUGCA